CCUGCAGCCUGUGGGACGCUUCUCACUUACUUUCAGAACAGUUUUCAAACAAGUGCAAGUACUCAGAAAGGACUGUUUGGGAUAUUUGACAAAAGAACGCGCUCCUCUUCCUCCCUGGCAUCUCGUGGAACUGGACACAAACUGGAAUAUAUUUCAGUGAGCCUCGAGAGCCUCGCGUCACUGGAGAGAAGAGAGAGCUCUGGCAGAGGGCCACAGAGUGGAGGCGGAGGAGGGCAGAGGUGUGUGCUGGAUGGAGGCCACAGCUGGGCCCGAUGGCAGGAGCCCAGAACACACUGAGCUCUAACAACGUCGUCUAGAAGCCACCGAGGGGCUACAGUUCACGUGGAGACACUGUAAAGGUCGUGGUGCCCAUGAGGUCGUCCAUGCUGGUCCUGUUCCUCCUCUUCAGUGCCCAGGCUGUGGCGGCCAUCGGAGGAGCAGCACAGCAGCAGUGUCCAGGCAGUAACCCCAGCACCGUCCCCACAGUGGACCCCAAACUCUUCACCAAACGCCGCUACCUCUCACCCAGGGUGCUCUUCAGCGCUCAGCCCCCCGAUGCAGAGCCGGCAGGGUCACAGGGCGCCAGCAGAAGCAGGCACAGGCGAGCUGGGCAGCCUCAGCACCGUGGAGUUUACUCAGUGUGUGAGAGCAUCAGCGUCUGGGUGGGCAACAAGACCACAGCCACAGACAUCUCAGGCAACGAGGUGACGGUGCUGCCGGACGUAAACAUCAACAAUGUCAACAAGAAGCAGUACUUCUUCGAGACGACGUGUCACAGCGCCCGAUCGGGCAGCUCUGGCUGUUUGGGAAUCGAUGCAAGACACUGGAACUCCUACUGCACCAACUCACACACUUUUGUACGGGCGCUGACUUCCUUUAAGAACUUGGUGGCAUGGAGGCUCAUACGCAUCAACGUGGCCUGCGUGUGUGUGCUGAGUCGGAAGUCGUGGCGGCAAUGAAGACUUUGCCUGCUCGUCGCACACGCACGGGAUCGCACACUCAGUGAAAUACAGUGCAAACACAGACAUAUUCAUCACCAAAGACUCUUCGCCUUCUGCACAAAGUAAAUUAUUAGUAUCAGGGCUGCAUGUAUAUACACCAGACCUGGGUCACAGAGGAUCUGACGUUUGUAGCUGUUGUUUUUACCUUUUUUUUCAGGAGGAACCAAAAAUGAAGGGGUUGUUGCUGUGUCACUUGAUAUCUGACAGUCUCGGCUAGAGUUUAUUACAGGUUCAGAUUGCAAAGGCUUAAAAUCAGUGGGCCUAAGUGGAACCUGACUAGGAGAAAUUACACUUAUUUUAAAGGUCGAAGUCAGUUAACAGGUCUCGGGGAGUACCGCAUAUGUGAAAAUAAGUUGUAUAAAGCCUAUUCUGGCUCCAGAGAGAGCUGUGUGAAACAUAAGAAAUUGCCUCAACUGAUGUCACUUGAGUCGACUUUGGAUCUGGUGUGACGUUAGAAAAGAAGAACGUUUACCAGAAUUUUGCAGCCUACUCCUCAUUUCUUAUUGAAGGCUAACAGCUUGAGGCUGUAUUAGCAGCUAUUAGCAUGAGACAGCCAAGAGGUUAAGUGGCAUUGUGGGUAAUGUAGGCAACGGGUUUUAGACAAGGAAGGAAGAAGAAUGCUGGAAACAACUCGCAAAAUCCAUCUAAAAUUGACUAAGUGUACCAUUUUCUCAGAACAUACAUAUAUCAAUACAUACGACCAGCACUACUAAAGUAACUUAAACACAAUAAUUCUUAAUUUCAGGUGGUUAUACACUUAAGAAAGCAAAAAGAUAAACUAUAUUCCACUUUUGACAAUUGGUCUCCCGAAAUCCUACACAAUGGACCUUUUCGGAGUAAGCCAGUUUAGGGGAAAUAUUCUUGGCUCACUGUUUUUGCUCAAACUUGCAGAACUGAAUUGUAAGAAUGAACUUUAGCAGCACAUCAUAAAUGGUCACAUGACUGAUCACGGAUGUCUAGAGCAAGCGCAAGAGAGACAAGAAUUAACCCAUCAUCAGAUUAAUUGUUGUGUAGAUUAAAUAUUACUCUGCAAAAACAUUUUAAAUAUAUUUUUUGUAUAUCUACAGUAGCCAUUAAGAUGUAAAAAAAAAAAAAUCACAACUAAUACAGUAUAUUUAAAUUAGAUAAAGAUUUAAAAUAUGGAUUAAAGAAAAACUGGAGCAGGAAAGAAACUCUGCUGCUGGUAUGAAGGGUGAAAAUCAUAUUACAGAAGAAUUUAUCGCCACAUGGACAAGUGCAGACGUUUAAGAUGCAUGAAAAGCAAACCAUAACUUAAAUAAAACACAGUGGUGUUACAUCCUAUCAGAUGUUCGGUCUUCAAAUAUUUAUUAUGACUAAUGACAUUCUAUACAAUCACAGAACGUGCGAGUUUGUG